UUCCCGCCAUGUCAUUUGAUUUAUCAAAUUCAUUUCUCGUCUCUCCAAAGUCCAGCUCCAUCACGAAUGCCACUAAUCUGAUUGUGUCUAACGAGUUCGCAUCAUUGCGGAAGUUUUUUCAAUCGUCUGAUUAUAAGUCACUAAGUUGACUCAACGAGAUGGUAAUGGAGUCGGCGGACGAUGUCACGCCAAGGGGCGCGUCCAAUUCUGCUCAGGGAAGUCCGAGAACCCCGAGGCUGUACAUCAGGGAAUUGGUAAUGAGGAACUUCAAAUCUUACGCAGGUGAACAACGCGUUGGUCCCUUCCACAAGAGUUUUUCUGCAGUUGUUGGACCCAAUGGUAGUGGGAAGAGUAACGUAAUAGAUGCAAUGCUAUUUGUAUUUGGGAAGCGAGCUAAGCAGAUGCGACUUAACAAAGUUUCGGAGCUUAUUCACAAUUCAACGAACCAUCAGAACCUGGAUAGUGCAGGUGUUUCUGUACACUUUCAGGAGAUUGUUGACCUGGAUGAUGGAACCUAUGAAACUGUUCCUGGGUUAGAGUCUCUCAAUGAGAAAAGAUCUGGUGUUGUGCAAAUGGUUAAGUUAGCUGAGAAAGAAAGAGAUAAUCUUGAGGAUGUGAAGAAUGAAGCAGAAGGCUACAUGCUGAAGGAGUUAUCGCUAUUGAAAUGGCAAGAGAAAGCCACAAAGUUGGCAUGUGAAGAUACCGGUAUUAAAUUGGCUGAACAAAAAGAAAAUAUAUUUGGCUUAGAGGAAAAUUUAAAGAAUGAUAGGGAGAAGAUUCAAGAGAGUAAUAAGACACUGAAGGAGCUCGAGUCUAUACAUGACAAACAUAUCAAAAGACAAGAGGAACUUGAUGGUGCUCUCAGAGGCUGUAAAGAAAAGUUUAAGGAUUUUGAAAGGCAGGAUGUUAAGUACCGGGAGGAUUUGAAGCACAUGAAACAAAAGAUCAAAAAGCUAGAGGAUAAAAUUGAGAAGGAUUCAGCAAAGAUUGAUGAGAUGACAAAGGAGAAUGAGAAAUCAACAAAUUUAAUCCCAAAACUCGAGGACAAUAUACCAAAGAUGCAGAAAAUCUUGUUGGAUGAGGAGAAAGUUCUAGAGGAAAUUAAAGAGAAUUCUAAAGUUGAGACUGAGAGGUACCGGUCUGAGCUUGUGACGGUUCGCACUGAACUAGAACCAUGGGAGAAAGAGUUGAUUGUGCACAAGGGGAAACUUGAGGUUGCAUCCUCUGAAAGCAGGCUUCUAAGUGAGAAGCAUGAAGCUGCUCGUAAGGCUUUUGUGGAUGCUCAGAAACAGAUGGAUGAUAUAUUGAGAAGAACUGAAACAAAAACUGCAGCAAUUGAAAAUAUCCAAAGUGAUUUAGGAAAGAAAAAGUUUGAAGCACUGGAGGCUCGAAAAGUGGAACAGGCAUACGUUAAAGAACAAGAAUCAUUGAUUCCUCUUGAACAAGCUGCAAGAGAGAAACUUGCUGAACUGAAGUCUGUGAUGGAUUCUGAGAAAAGUCAAGGUUCAGUUCUGAAAGCAAUUUUGCGGGCCAAGGAAUCCAACAGAAUUGAGGGAAUAUAUGGUAGAAUGGGUGAUUUAGGCGCUAUUGAUGCAAAAUAUGAUGUUGCUAUAUCAACAGCAUGUCCCGGCCUUGAUUAUAUAGUUGUGGAAACAACUGCGGCAGCACAAGCCUGUGUUGAGCUACUCCGCAGAGAGAGUCUUGGUGUUGCAACUUUCAUGAUACUGAAACAGCUUGAUCUUAUACAGAAAUCAAGAGAGCAUGUAAGCACCCCAGAGGGAGUUCCACGUCUUUUUGACUUGAUUAGAGCAGAUGAAAGAAUGAAACUUGCUUUCUAUGCUGCCUUGGGAAACACUGUUGUGGCUAAAGAUCUGAUCAAGGCAACACGCAUUGCAUAUGGUGGAAACAGAGAAUUUCGACGCGUGGUUACUAUUGAUGGUGCUCUUUUCGAAAAAUCCGGUACUAUGAGUGGUGGAGGAAGUAAGCCACGUGGUGGGAAGAUAGGGACAUCUAUUCGAGCCACUAGCGUAUCUGGAGAAGCUGUUGAGAAUGCUGAGAAGGAGCUCUCCGGAAUGGUUGAUAAGUUAAUAAGCAUCCGCCAAAGAAUUGCUGAUACAGUAAGACAAUACCAAGCUACAGAAAAAGAAGCUGCACACCUGGAGAUGGAAUUAGCAAAAGGGCAGAAAGAGAUUGACAGUUUGAAGUCAGAGCAUGGUUAUCUUGAAAACCAACUGAGUUCCUUGGAAGCUGCAUCCCAACCGAAGAAGGAAGAGAUUGACAGACUCAAAGAGCUCAACAGAAUUGUUUCUGCGGAAGAAAAGGAGAUUGAUCGUCUCAUACAGGGGUCUAAGCAACUGAAGGAGAAGGCUUCUGAGCUACAGAGUAAAAUUGAAAACGCCGGCGGUGAAAGGUUAAAAAUACAAAAAGCAAAGGUUGAUAAGAUUCAAUCUGAUAUUGACAAGAAUAGCACAGAGAUCAACCAUCACAGAGUUCAAAUAGAAACAGGUCAAAAAAUGAUAAAGAAGUUAACAAAGGGGAUUGAGGAUUCCAAGAAGGAGAGAGAUCGGCUCUCUUCAGAGAAUGAAAGACUGCGGGAAAUGUUCAAAGAAAUAGAGCAAAAAGCAUUUAAGGUUCAAGAGAAAUAUAAGGAGACACAGAAGUUGAUUGAUGAACACAAAGUUGUAUUAGACUCAGCAAAGGUCAAUUAUGAAAAAGUAAAGAAAAGUGUGGAUGAGUUGCGAACAUCAGAGGUUGACCGAGAGUUCAAAUUACAAGACAUGAAGAAAAUGUACAAGGAGUUGGAAAUGAAAGGGAAGGGAUACAAGAAAAGGCUUGAGGACUUGCAGAUUGCUCUCACAAAGCACAUGAAGCAAAUUCAGAAAGAUCUAGUGGACCCUGAGAAGCUUCAAGCAACCUUGAUGGACGAUAGUCUAAAUCAGGAUAGCGACCUAAAACAGGCCAUUGAAAUGGUAGCUUUGUUGGAAGUGCAGUUGAAGGAGAUGACUCCAAAUCUUGAAUCAAUUGCAGAAUAUCGGACAAAGGUGUCAUUGUACAAUGACCGAGUUGAAGAACUUAGCAUGGUUACUCAGGAACGUGAUGAUAUAAAGAAGCAAUAUGAUGAAUGGAGAAAGAAGAGGUUGGAUGAAUUCAUGGCAGGAUUUAACAUAAUAUCAUUGAAGCUGAAAGAGAUGUAUCAGAUGAUUACUCUUGGAGGUGAUGCUGAACUUGAACUUGUUGAUUCUUUGGAUCCGUUUUCUGAAGGUGUUGUUUUCAGUGUUAGACCUCCUAAAAAGAGUUGGAAAAAUAUUGCAAAUUUAUCUGGUGGUGAAAAGACUCUUAGCUCAUUGGCUCUUGUAUUUGCACUCCAUCACUACAAACCUACCCCACUUUAUGUAAUGGAUGAAAUUGAUGCUGCUCUGGACUUCAAGAAUGUCUCUAUUGUGGGACAUUAUGUGAAGGACCGGACUAAGGAUGCUCAAUUUAUAAUUAUUAGCCUUAGAAACAACAUGUUUGAGUUGGCAGAUCGACUUGUUGGAAUAUACAAGACCGAUAACUGCACCAAAAGCAUUACUAUAAAUCCUGGGAGUUUUGUGGUGUGUGAAAAGGCUGCUUGAUGUAGUAGUUGUAUGGUUAUUAGUGUAUAACUCCGAAGUUACAUAUUUAAGCACUUUCAAUGUGUAUAUAUAUAUAUAUAUAUAUAUUGACAGUCCUGUUGGUCGUGUAUUUAAUGAACUAGUAAUCAAAUGGCGAACUCUGUAACUUCCAGAUAUCAGUUACUCAGAUCCAAGAUUUCUUUUGGCUAAAGGCUAAUAAUGAUCAGCAAUAGCAUUAAUGUA